AUGGAAGUGGCGCCGCUCCCUCCUGGAUACCGGUUCCAACCGACCGAUGUUGAACUCAUCCUCUACUAUCUAAAGAGGAAGAUACUGGGUAAAAAGUUGCGCCGCAAUGCUGUUACAGAAAUCGAUAUCUACAAAUUCGCCCCCUGGGAUCUUCCAGGGAAAUCUUCAAUGCCAACUGGGGAUCUUCAGUGGUAUUUCUUUUGUACUUGCGGUCGGAAGUACCCUACCGGGUCAAGAACUAACCGGUCAAACCAAGCUGGGCGCUGGAAAGCUACUGGAAAGGACAGGAAGGUGGUCUAUAAUUCUCGGACUGUUGGGAUGAAGAGGACGCUGGUGUUUCAUGCUGGCAAGGGACGCAAGGAGAAAAGAACUGACUGGGUCAUGCAUGAAUAUAGGCUGGUCGAAAGCGAAAUUCCUAAUGCUGGUGUUAGACUGGACGAUUUCGUUCUCUGCAAAGUCUAUCAGAAAAGUGGUCCAGGUCCCAAGAUUGGGGAACAGUAUGGCGCUCCAUUCGAGGAAGAGGAAGAGGAAAUGAAUGAUCCAAAUGGGGAAGCUUACUUGUUAUCCCAUUCUUCCGCACCUGGACCAAGCCAUGGUGGUGUGUUGAACUCUGCGGGUCAAUCGGUUUGUGAUGGCAGCAGGACUUCCUUGAGCAUUUUGUCAGCAAAUAACGGCAAGAGCUCCUCCAGUGGUGUCCAUCCUGACAGGGCUUCUCGUCCGGAUGUUAACUGGGACAGGAUACAUAUACAGCAGUUAGAUGAUAUACUGGGUUGUCUCUCGACGAAUCAUGUAGGCCAAGAUGGUCCAUCGUCUGAUUCGACCACUUACCAUGACACAGAAGCAUUGUUUGACGAUAGUGAAGCUAUAUUUGACAUAACGGACCAAGUUGUGCCUUCUUCACUGGUUAGCCUCUGCAAGCAGUGUGACUCGUGCGGCGUUCGGCUGAUCGACCCUUUGCUGGAACCGGUGGCAGGCGAAGUGUACCUAGAGCUGAAUGACCUGCUGUUGUGUCAUGCCGGCCAUGUUCCAGACGGCAGUAGCCAGGCGCUGGUGCUGUCGAGCGGUGCAUGCCAUGAGGGCCCUCCAAUGGAUUAA